AUGAUUCAUCCUUUUGGUUUUUACACUAGAGUGACAAAACAAGUCAAAAUGCUUCACAAAAAUAUAGUGAACAAAGAGUCGAUCAUUCUAAAGUUCAUUUUCUACUACUUCAAGCUCGUUGGCCUCUCUUGCGUAAGUUUCAGCUCCAAGUCCCGCCUCGACAUCUGCUUCUUAACUUCGAAACUUGGUGCACUGUACAACGUAAUCUUGGCACUUCUGAUAACAUGUUUCAACUACUACGUGGUACUGAUCGUCGUCAAAGUGAGCUUCGGUUCGCUUCAUUUCGAUCGAGCGAUCGACUUCGGUCGAGUCUGUCUGGCCGUGAUCAGUUCGGUGUUCAUUCUCAUCACCUACUGCUUUAAACGGAAGAAAGCGACAAUUAUUCUCAACAGGAUCAAUACUAUAGCGGAACUAUCCGUCAAUCUUCGAAGCAACGGUAAAUCCGGACACGAUGGGCUGUGCAAGCCAGCGAAGAGAAUUUUUUUCGUCUUUCUCGUUACAUGGCUGGUUCUGAUCGCUGUGACUCCGAAAUUGAAAUUCUAUGCCUUGCUGUAUUUUGCAGCACAGUAUUCGUGCGAGAUGGUCAUCAUGUGCAUGCUCGUGCAGUACAGCAUGUUACUAAGCAUAUUGAAGCAGCUAUUCGAAACAAUCAAUGCAAGAUUCACUAUCUCCAGUGAAGCUAAUUUUCAAGUUCGUCGAUUUAGCCAGCAUCGCAGCAACGAAUUCGGCUUGGAAGUGAAGCUGAAUAGGUUCUCCUACCUCCGAGAACUACAUUUGUCAUUAUGCGAGGUCGCUGAGGAUCUGAGCCAGUUUUACUCGCAGUCGCUCUUAUUUUGCAUCGCCUAUGUCUUUUCUUCUUUGGUACUGUAUGCGUAUUUCUUCGUGAAAAUUGUGACGCAAAAAGGCGAUGGAAUUAUAAAUACUGCGACGACCCGCUUUAUCAUCGUUAAACUGCUGCACUACAUUGGUCCGACUGUGACCGUCACCUGGGCCGCCUGUGCUGUGGUCAACGAGAGCAACAGAACUGGGAAGAUCGUGAACAAGUGGAUGGGAGAUUCGCGCGAUCAGUAUGUUGCUAUUAAGCUGAAUCAGUUUUCGAAUUAUUUGCUUCAUCAGAAAUUGUCCUUUAGGGCAGCUGGACUGUUUUCUUUGGAUGGAACACUUAUGAUGUCGAUUGCAGCUUCGAUCACGACGUAUAUCAUGAUUCUUUUGCAAUUUCAAGACAGCACUAAACGGUAA